UUUUUAUUUUUGAAAUCUCAAUAUGUCAAAGUACCUGUUCGACAUUUACUGUACAAACAUCCUCAUAUGACCCUACCGCUGACGACUAUCCGUUCUUGGUUCCUUUUUUCACUUCAAAAUAUCAUGAUAUCAUACCAAAGGAUCCAAUAUAUGUGAACGAUCGUUAUGUUGUUCCUGGAUCUCGUGAAUGGUUCACCGUUCACAAGUCAUUGGAAAUUAUGUACCGACUCAUAUUGUAGAAAAAGCUCAAACAGAAAGCCUGGAAAAACUUAAGGCGACUGCCCUACGCAAAGAAUCAGCUUAUUAUGGAACUACUCCCAAACACUAUUAUUCUCGGUUCAAUACCAUUAAAUCUUUAACUGAGGCAUCUGAUAAUUUCCAUACUCGCAUACAUAGUAGCCGCGGUAUCUGAUGACACAGCUGAGUUUGAAAACUGCCCGAAUAAAUGGGACAACGCUCAUAAUGAUUAUCAUUAUUUGCCAUUUCUGAAUCAUAAGAUGAAACGACUACGUCCUACGCCAGCUAUUACCAAUGACUCCCUGGCCCCAGGACCUUUAUCCAGUAGUUAUA